AUCGGUUCUGGAGGGUCACUGGUUUCUGGCGGUUGCGGAGGAGGAGAUGCAAUGGCAUAGGCGGUCUCAUUACUGCAGGAUUGAAUGCGAUUAGAGCAUCGAAUAGCCAGUUGGAUAAAUUUUUCCAGGCCAUAGGUGUCGUCAUAUGCCGAGAGGUGCAAGCGAAGAGAGGGAUUAAGCCCUUGUCGAAAAGCGGUUAGGAGAGAGGGCUCGUUCCAUCCGCUGGCUGCUGCGAGUGUGCGAAAUUGGAGAGCAUAUGCAUGAAUGGGUGUUGUACCCUGACGUAAUCGAUAUAAUUGCUCACCCACAGUCGAGUCUCCAGGGGAGCUACUGAACACCUCUCUGAAGUGGUGCAGGAAGUUCUGGAACGUUUGCGUAGCGGGUCCCGCCUGGUGCAAAAUGGUCUCAGCCCAACGAAGUGCCGGUCCAGUUAGGGAGGUGACUAUGAAGGCUAUCUUGGACUGAUCAUUCGGGAACAUCUGCGGAUGUAAGUCCAUGGUGAGGUUACAUUGUAAGAGAAAGCCAUUGCAUUCCUCCGCCGCACCAGAGAAGGGCGCUGGCCUGGCCAUGGGACUGGCGAAGACAAUCGGAGAAGAGGUGUCAGAGGUGGUGCGAGUGGGUGAUGAUGGUGGAGCUGAUGGCACUGGUGGUUUGGGUGAUUGCAGCAAGACUCUCUUGAGGGAAUCCACCAGCUCCUGGAAGGGAUCCGGUGCACUCAUCUUGUCUGUGAAGCUGUGUUGGUCCGAUCUUCUGUCACAGUAUGGGUCGGACACAGGAUGAGUAUAUAAAAAUAUAGAUUUAUUAGACACAAUGAGUUUUAGAGGAAAAGGCAAGGAGGUAGAGAUGAUCUUGAAUCCACACACACUAUAUCUUGUUCCAGGAGCGGAGAUCGGGGCUUGACAGACAGACGGAUCCGGGGGAGAAUGAUCUAGGAGGAUGAGAGGAACACAAGGAGCAGACACAGAAGUCGUGACUAACGCAAGCAAGCAGAAAUAUCUGGAGGAGUAUCAGCUGAACUGAGAUCUGCUGUGAAGAUGGUGUUUAUUAAAGAGGAGAGAGAGGAGGACACGAGUGAACCAGAACCCUGGAGAAUAAAACACGAGGUACAAGAAUCUUUGAGAAUAAAACAUGAAGAACGAGAACCCUGGAGAAUAAAACCGGAGGAACAAGGAGAGUCGAUUGAAGAAAUGAGUGAAGUUGAGGGAAAAAAUCAUAUUAAAACUGGAGAUAAACCUCUGACUUACUCUCAAACCAAACAGAAAAAAUUAGAGAAAAGAAGAGCUAAGAAAUCUUUCACCUGCACUCAGUGUGGAAAGAGUUUCACAUGCAAAACAAGUCUUGAGCGUCACAUAAGAGUUCAUACUGGAGAGAAACCAUUCACUUGUGAUCAAUGUGGGAAGAGUUUUACACAAUCGGCAAACCUUAAGGAUCACAUGAACAUCCAUACUGGAGAGAAACUGUACUCAUGCAAUCAGUGCAGGAAGAGUUUCACAAGAAAAGGACACCUUACAGCACAUAUGAGAGUUCAUACUGGAGAGAAACCAUUCACUUGUGAUCAGUGUGGAAAGAGUUUUGCGCACACAGCAAACCUUAAGGAUCAUAUGAGCAUCCACACUAGAGAGAAACCUUAUCAGUGUUCACACUGUGACAAGAGAUUCAGUCGGUCAGGACACCUGAAAACACACAAGAGGAUCCACACUGGAGAGAAACCGUACACAUGUAAUCAGUGCAGAAAGAGUUUUGCACAAAUAGGACACCUUACGGCACAUAUGAAAGCUCAUACAGGAGAGAAACCGUUCACAUGUAAUCAGUGUGGAAAGAGUUUGAAAUGCAAACAUAAACUUGAGCUUCACAUGAGAGUUCAUACUGGAGAGAAACCGUAUCCUUGUGAUCAGUGUGGAAAGAGUUUUACACAAUCAUCAACCCUUAUGGACCCCAUGAACAUCCACACUGGAGAGAAGCUGUUCUCAUGUGAUCAAUGCGACAAAACAUUUUUCUGGGCUUCAGGCCUGAAGCAGCACCUGACAGUUCAUACAAAGGAGAAGCCACAUUCAUGUUAUUUGUGUGGAAAGAGUUUUUCAUGUCUACAAUAUUUAAAAGUACAUCAGAAAAUACAUGCUGGUGUGAGAGAGUACAUGUGCUUUGAGUGUGAAAAAACUUUUACCUCUGCAAAGUGUUUAAAACUGCAUAAGAGGAUUCACACUGGAGAGAAACCGUAUCACUGCACUGCAUGUGGGAAGUGUUUCAAUAAUUCAUCUGCUCUACACCGUCAUAAAAAAAACAAUCACAGCAAACACACGACACUUGGAGGAGGAGACAUGGAGCUGGUGACUGAAGACAAGGAGCUAGAGACUGGAGAUCGGACAUAGGAGACUUGCUUGAGUGGAGAAACAAACAACAGGUGUUCACAGAUUGGGACACCUGAAGAAAUGUGUUUUUGCAUCAACUUUCAUUAAUUUACUUCCUUAAUUUACUUCCAUUGCUUCAGAAUAAUCAAAGAAGGUAAAGACAAAGUUUAGAUCAGCAAAACUAACAGCGAAAAUACAAUUUUCAGGGAUAAAGUAAUGAGUUAACAACUCCAGGGUAUUCUGCAGCAAUGGAAGUAAACGAAGCCUUGGAAGUUGAUGCAAAAACACAUUUCUACAGGUGUUCCAAUGUGUAAACAGUUUGGAACAGCCCAUGUUAAUACAUCCUCAGAAGUUUAUUUGUACAAUAUUGCAAAUAAAAAGGCAAUUAAUGAAAAAGGACAGGUUAUAAAAAUAUAAUUAUUACCUGUUUGUUAUAUGUACAUGACCUGAUCUCGUCUACAUUCAGAUUGUGUCUACCUUUUACAUUGUUUUACAUUGGGACUCAUAUGCAACUAUUACAGAAGGUUCAAACGCUCACUGACACUCCAGAAGGAAUAACCAUGCAUUAAGAGCCGGGGGUGAAAACUUUGAAUAGAAUGGAGAUGUGUAAAUUUUUCUUAUUUUGCCUAAAUAUCAUAUUUUUUCAUUUAGUACUGCCCUUCAGAAGCUACAGAAGAUAAGAAGACAAAAUAAGAUACAUUUACAGGGGUUACAUUUACUGAUGCACCCCCCCUAUCAGUGAACGUUUGAACCUUCUGUAAUAGUUGCAUACGAGUCCUUCAGUUGUCCUCAGUGUGAAAAGACGGAUCUCAAAAUCAUACAGUCAUUGUUGCAAAGGGUUCAAAUACACAAAAAUGCUGGAAAACCAAGGAAUUUGUGGGAGCUGAAGGAUUUUUCUGAAGAACAGCAAUAGGGCUGUAACGUCCCAGUCGAUUAGUCGAUUAAUUGGUCAAUAUGGUCUGGUUCGACCAAAAUUCUGAUUGGUCGAUUUUUUGCCGCGCUCAUUUCAUCAGUUUGGCCGUGAGUAGCCAUUUGUUUAUUUAAUUGUUUUUACAUUAUUUCGUUUUGGACAUUAAUCAAAUGUUAUAAUUUUGCACAUUUAUUUAAAGUAUUAUUGGAUUUGGGCACUUUAUUUUUAUUUGUUGUAGCCUAACGCGCAAUUGCGCUGUGCACACUGUUUGUUUUAGUUUUGAGCCUAUGCUUUAUUUAUUUUUUGCACUUUAUUUCGUUUUGGACAUUAAUAACAUUUUAUAAUUUUGCACAUUUAUUAAUUUUAAAUACUUGUGGAUUUGGGCAUUUGAUUUAUUUAUGUUUGUAUUUGUUCUGAGUGUUGUUGUAUUCACUUUAUUUGGUUUCGUUUAAAAUUUGGAUGAUUAACAUGUUGUAGUAGCCUACUUUACUUUUAUGGUUCCCUUUUAUUAUUGUGCAAACUGCAAAUUUAUUUCUAGUAUUAAUUAUUGGAUUUGGGCACUUUUUUUAUUUUUUGUAUUUUUUAUUUGGAAUGCGCAAAUGCGCUGUGCCCACUGUUUGUGUUAGUUUUGAGCCUAAGAUGUUUUAUUUUUCAG